UUUAUGGCGUUUGGUGAUGUAUACAUUUUUUGUUCAGUGUAGGCUCAUUGUUGACCGAAUCGGAAAGUUUAAAUGGGGGUCCGUGGGGGAUGGUACAUGUUUCCACUUCGGAACUAUUAACAGGUUGCACUUCUUAUUUGUUAAGCCAUUUGCGAGCAUGGCUGGGGACAGUGAGACACGGCUCAGAUCCACUGAAAAUGAACAGAUAAGCAAACAACCUUUUCUUAUCGGCGUAUCUGGAGGAACAGCUAGUGGCAAGUCCUCAGUAUGUGCGAAGAUUAUGGAGCUGCUGGGGCAGAAUAAGAUUGACCAUCACCAACGCCAGGUGGCCACCCUCAGCCAGGACAGCUUCUACAAAGAGCUCACCCCUGAACAAAAAGCCAAAGCAAUCAAAGGCCAAUUCAACUUUGACCACCCAGAUGCUUUUGACAAUGAACUCAUCAAGAAGACACUACAUGACAUCAUUCAGGGAAAGACCGUUCAGAUUCCAGUAUAUGACUUUAUCACCCAUUCCAGAAAGGAUGAGUUUGUGACCCUGUACCCAGCUGAUGUAGUGCUGUUCGAGGGCAUCCUUAUAUUUUACUCCCAGGAGAUCAGAGACCUCUUUCAGAUGAAGCUUUUUGUGGACACAGAUGCAGACACUCGUCUCUCUCGAAGAGUUUUAAGGGACAUUGAAGAACGUGGCAGAGACCUAGAACAGGUGUUGACCCAGUAUAUAACUUUUGUGAAGCCAGCUUUUGAGGAGUUCUGCCUGCCAACAAAGAAAUAUGCAGACGUCAUCAUUCCCCGAGGAGCAGACAAUCUUGUGGCAAUAAACUUGAUCGUGCAGCACAUACAGGACAUUAUGAAUGGUGGAUUCUCCAAACGACAGAGUGGUUGCAUGAACGGUCAUGUGACACCACGGAAACGGAGGACUUCAGAGUCCAGCAGGCCCCAUUGAUGUUCAGUCUUUGUCCUCUUCAGAAGGAGGACCAUAUGCAAUGCCUGUGGAUGGGGGGACAAGGCGAAAAUGACAUGGCCUUGGCAGGAUUUACAUGCAUUUGUAUUGUUUAACAUUUUAGGACUUUAUAAUGGUUCCCAUAAUAGCAAAACAGUUUGUUUUAUUUAUAAAAAAAAACAAAGUGAUUUGAAGAAAGAAGGAAAUGGAUUCUGUUUAAAAAAAAAAAAAAAAAAAAAAAAAAAAGCUGAUAUAGGAAAUCCUUCCUGGGUUUGAUCUAAGGAAAUACAAUGGAAUUCAGCAAAAUGUGUUUUUGUGGUGAUGGGUGUUCAGUUUAUAAUUUCUGAGUAGGGGGAUUGGAAAUGGGUUGAGCGGGGAAAUGCUAUCUUAAAAUUCACUGCUUUCCCAUUGUGUCUUGUCCCGCCUUGAACUGCAUCAUCAAAUAAAGUGGAUGGAGGAGACUAGAGGUGAGGCUUUUGAGGUUCCAGCUUUGUCUCCCUGCACCCUGGUGACUGGCAUCUUGCCAUCAUGUGUUACAUGUGAAAGGAGGUUCAUGUCAAAGAACUGAUUGCAACAUGGAGAAAAAAAAAUGUUAUUUUCAAACUCUGGGCCUAGUUCUUUGUCUUUCACGGAGCCCCUAAGGGGACAUGAGCAAAAAAAAUCUAAAGUUUAGUUUCAUGUGCUCACGUGAAACUUUCAUGUGCGCACAUGAAAGUUUUGUGUGCGCAUGCAAAACCUUUUCACAUGAAACUUUCACGUGCGCACAUGAAACUAAACUUUAGAUUUUGUUUUGCUCAUGUUCCCUUAGGGGCUCCGUAGUCUUUCGUAGACUAAGCAAUGAAUAAAUCCAAUCUGGGUUUUUACUUUUGUACUUUUACUGUAAUUUACCUGAGUUUUUUUUUUUUUUUUUUUUUUUUUCUUUCAGGGUUUCAUUAGAUUUGUCAGUUUGGUUCUAUUGUUUUGUUUAGAUGGCAUGUUAAUCAUAUUUAAAUUAAAUAAGGUUGCAAUUUACAUGUAUAUUUAAUUGAAAAUUACUUUCAAAAGCUAAUGUAACUGGUGCAAAUGGGGACAGUUUUGUGGCACUCGAUGUAAAGUACCUCAGCUUUUCUAAAGCAGAUUGCAGUGGUGAAAAUCCAAAAACUGGGAAAGACUUGAAUAAGAGGACCUUAACAAAUGAAUAUGAAUAUUUUCUGACCUUUUCUUGGAGAAAAUGAGCCAUGUGUUGUCACAUUGGUCGUCUCUAGCAUUAUCUGGUCAGAAUUCCUGGAGUUAUCCUGUGGAUAAGUAGAUUCAAACUUUGCGUGGUUUGGUCUGAUCUUUUUGUAUCAUGUAUCACUUUUCACACCAAAAUGCAGAGUAAUGCCUAGCAUAUUUUUUCCAUUUAAUUGUGAGCAUUUUAAGGAGAUUUAAUCGAUCAUAUUAAAUGGUAGGCGAAGCUGCGAAAUUUACCAUAUUGAACUGUGUAACGCAGUGAGUGAUCUCCAGAUGAGUAGGUGGAUAUAAUUGCAUACUCAUGUGGUACAUGUAACUGUAUAAUUUGUCAGAAGACGAAAUAAAUGUUUUGUAUCUUA